AUGACUGUCAAGACUGGUACCAUCCUAGAGAGUUCUGCAAAUGGCACCCGAUUACAUUUAUACAAUCGGGGACGCCGAGUAAAGCGAGCAAAAACAGAAUCAGAGAGACCCUUCCUUCACGCCUGCAGCUGUCUAAAUCAGCUGUCGCGGGCCAUGGAGUUUUCGCGAAGGAAGAUAUUCCAGAGCGAUGUGUGUUUGGCCCUUACCAAGGCGAGUAUCUGGAAAUGGCGACGACUUCGGAGAAGAGAAUCCAAAAAGCGGAACACGGAGAGAGGUCGUUUGAAAAAAGUGCUUUCCGAAAUUUCGAUCUUUGACAAAGUCAUGCAAGGACACGAGGGAGACGUGGUCGGCCUCGUCGAUGGCAGCGUAAAAGAGCUUUGCUGCUUUCUUUCGAAAGUAAACUGCGCUAGAAAUCAGAAAGAACACAAUAUGGACGCAUUCCAAUACGAACAAUCAGUCUAUUUCCGGACGAUCAGGCCAAUUAAACGCGGCGAAGAACUGCUCGUCAGAUACGGAGAUGUUUACGAACAGCAGCUGGGCAUAGACUUCAACAAUCCGAAUGCGAAGAGUCAUUUUCAACAGACACAAGAUGGACUGUAUUUCUGCCCUCUCUGCAACAUCUGCUUUCAUUCAAAAGAAGCCUUCAAUAAUCACAAAACAAUUCUUCCCUGUUCGAGCGACAAAGCCUACAAGAAGCCUGGAAAGCCCCUGUAUGGAACCGAAAAAGAACCCUACGUCUGUUCAACUUGCGGCCAGUGCUACUCUGACCUCUGCCUACUGAAGUAUCACAUGCUUGACCACGAUGCUCCCCGCGAAUUCGGCUGCGAUCAGUGCUUCCUACGAUUUUUCAAAGAAGAACAUUUCCAAGAACAUUUAAAAUGGUGCGAGCCUGAUUUUCCAACUUAA